AUGAGUGUUUCGGUGGAGAAGGGAGUGAUUGUCGGCAACACUCGGCCCACAGUUGACGGCAAACAAGUGAACGAAUUUCUGGGCAUUCCUUACGCCAAACCACCCAAAGGUGACCUCAGGUUCCGGAAACCCGUUCCCACCGACAGUUGGUCUCAACCAUUGGUGGCCGACAAGUGGCCCAACCCUUGCCAUCAGCCGCCACUACUGGUGCCGUUCAUGCAAAACAAAAACCUCAGUGAAGAUUGUCUUUACCUUAACAUAUGGUCACCGUUUAGUAAAGUAAGAUCAGCUCAACUUAAGCCGGUUAUGUUUUACGCCUACGGGGGCGGCCUGACUAUCGGGUCCUCCAGUGAACUCCACUAUAGGGGCGAAGUGUUGGCCACAAGGGGUGACCUCAUUGUUGUUAACUUUAAUUAUCGAUUAAAUGGUUUCGGGUUUCUAUACACUGGUACCGACGAUGUGCCCGGAAAUAUGGGUCUCUGGGACCAGGCGCUGGCACUGGAAUGGGUUCAUAAAAACAUCAAAAACUUUGGUGGAGACCCUGAUAAGAUCACUAUAUUUGGUGAAAGUGCCGGUUCAACCACUACCAGUGCAUUAAUCCUAUCGCCCAUAACUCGCAAUCUAUUCAAAAACGCUAUAAUGAUGUCGGGGUCGGCAGACCCGCCCACCAGGCCCUUGAGUGGGUUGGGAAGCGGUAUAAGACAAGUGUCUUAUUUCGUAGCCGACGGCGCAUUUCUACCCAAAAGACCGCACGAAAUGCUUGAAUCCGGAGAUUUCCACAAAGAGUUGAAUCUAAUGAUAGGCAACUGCGAGGACGAGGGCGGGUCUGUCCUACAAGUAUUUGCCGGCCCUCUCAGAGUUGAUGCCAAAAACCAACUGGGCGGGUGGUCCGGGAACUCCACUGAGAUAAUGCAAUAUUGGCUUAAAAUAUCAAAACAAAUGAACUGUACUGACGAUCAAACACCCGACAAAUUCACCCCAAAAAUCAUCGACUGUCUCAAGAACAUUGAUCCAAAAACAUUGGCAACAUAUACCUCCGUACCAUUGGAUCAGUUGGGAAGUGGUAUAAGACAAGUGUCUUAUUUUGUAGCCGACGGCGCAUUUCUACCCAAAAGACCGCACGAAAUGCUUGAAUCCGGAGAUUUCCACAAAGACUUGAAUCUAAUGAUAGGCAACUGCGAGGACGAGGGCGGGUCUGUCCUACAAGUAUUUGCCGGCCCUCUCAGAAUUGAUGCCAAAAAGUUUGAUUUCCAUAACCCGACGCCUAUUACAUACACUGAGGCCUACAAUAUCACUAAAAACCUAUUCUCGUCGUUGAUUUUGAUGCCACCGAUUAAUGGCGAAGAAGUGGCGAAACUAUACUUCACGGGUUUGUCAGAUAAGACACCUCAGGAUGCGCUCAGACUGACCAUUGGUAUAGCAUUUGGCGAUUGGGUCAAUACGUGUGCGAACAUUGGAUUCGCAAAAGGCAUCUAUAAAAAGGACCCAAAAAGUAAUGUCUAUCAGUAUUACUUCAACAGUAAGAUAAGUGAUUGGAGUCCGUUUUGUGGGCCAUGGAUGGGGGUGUGUCACGGCAAUGAUGUGGACCACGUAUUUGGCAUACCAUUUCUCGAUACCAAGCGCUUUGUCGAUAGGGAACGGGAGAUAUCGCAACAAAUGAUGGAUAUAUUUACAACUUUUGCCAGAACUGGGUUUGGAGGCGCUGAGUGGCCCCAGUACUAUAACAUUGGUGGUAAGACUAUUGCCCGUAUUAUGAAGUGA